CUGCAAAUCGCUUGGUGCCCCCGGAGCGCAGCCGAGAAUGCAAAGUGCCAUGUUCCUGGCUGUCCAGCACGACUGCGGCGGUUCCAUGGACAAAAGCGCAGGCAACAGCCCCAAGGGCGAGGAGAAGCGGGAGAAGAUGAAGCGCACUCUAUUAAAAGAUUGGAAGACCCGUUUGAGUUACUUCUUGCAGAAUUCUUCCUCUCCCGGGAAACCCAAAACCGGCAAGAAAAGCAAACAGCAAACCUUCAUCAAACCUUCUCCGGAGGAAGCUCAGCUGUGGUCAGAAGCAUUUGACGAGCUGCUGGCCAGCAAAUAUGGUCUGGCUGCAUUCAGAGCAUUUUUAAAAUCUGAAUUUUGCGAAGAAAACAUUGAAUUCUGGCUGGCCUGUGAAGACUUCAAGAAAACCAAAUCCCCCCAAAAGCUUUCUUCAAAAGCAAAGAAAAUCUAUACUGACUUCAUAGAGAAAGAAGCUCCCAAAGAGAUCAACAUAGAUUUUCAAACCAAAAUGUUGAUUGCCCAGAAUAUCCAGGAGGCCACAAGCAGCUGCUUCACCCUGGCCCAGAAGAGAGUUUACAGCCUGAUGGAGAACAACUCUUACCCCCGCUUCCUGGAGUCUGAAUUCUACCAGGACUUGUGUAAAAAGCCACAGAUUCCCACAGAGCCCCAUGCUACAUGAAAUGCAAAGGCGAAUCCCAGAGUGGAGGACGUUUGCUUUUCUUUGCCCUGAGGAAAGGCCGUGACCUGGCCAAGAGACUGACCUUGUAAUCAGCCUGGGUGUUCAGGAAACAUCACUCAGAACUAUUGAUUCCUAGUUGGGGAAUGAACUGGGGUGCUGGCGACCCUGGGAGAGAAGCUUGGACAGGAGGACCCCCCACCCAUUCACUCAUGCCUGUGUCAAGGACACUAGGGUAGAGAUCAGGGGAGUGUGGAGCUCACUGUGGAAAGACAGGAAGGGGAGGCUGGAAGGAGGAAAUGGUGUCAUGAGCAAGCCUAAAGCAUCUCAAUCAAUAGGUCUGGGAUCAUGUGGCCUUAACUAGCUGGCUGUCCAUCUGCCCCUACAUCAGUUCGUGUUACCACCCUCUGGUGUUAGUUUUAGUUCCCUAGUGCUCGGCAACAUGAACAUAUGUACUGUGCAAGAAUAAUUGUGGUUGUGAUGAUGACAUUCUGCUGCUGUCUCCUGUAACACUAAUAUCAGAAACAGUCUGUGUUCAAACUGUUCAAUGGUCUGUGUAAUCAAAUGAGUGCUAUUGUGUAGACACCUACAAUGUUCAUUGUGAGUGCCAAAAUGUAAUAUGUCCCGAAGGCAGCUACAUUUUGAAGUGGUCUUUGAAUAUUUUUAAUAAAUUUAUUUUGAUAAA